AAUCAUCCAGGUCAACAGCAGGUUCAACACAGCUCCUUCCGGCCCCUCCCCUGGGGAGCUGGACCGAGUGGGACGGAAGUGGGCCAGGGCUUCCUUUGUGAGGAUGAUGCUAAGCCCCCCGCCUCAUCCAUCGCUGGGCCACUUUUCAGACUCCUCCCUUUGCAUACGUCCUUGUCACGUAACCCUUGUCACAGCCCUGUGACACGGACACUGACUCCACUUUUUAGGUGGGGGAAUUGAGGUUAGGAGAGUUGAAGAACUGACCUACGGUUCCACAACUUCAAAAGUGAAGGUACCGGAUUGUUUUUUUAAAGAUCUAUUUAUUUAUUUGAAAGGCAGAGUUACAGAGAGAGGGAGAAAAAGAUCUUCUAUCUGUUGGUUCACUUCCCAAACUAGGGCGGGGCCAGGCCAAAGCCAAGAGCCAGGAGCUUCUUCUGGGUCUCCCACAUGGGUGCAGGGGCCCAAGCACUUGGGCAGCCUUCUGAUGCUUUCCCAGGCGCAUUAGCAGGGAGCUGGAUUGGGAACCAAGCAGCCAGGAUUCGAACUGGCACUCAUACAGGAUGCUGAUGUCACAGGCAGCUACUUAAACCACUGCACCAUAACCCAGAGAGCCAGGAUUUUAACCAAGUCUGGUUACAAGCCGCCUCCUUACAUUUUGUGGAUAGUAAAUUCUGUAUAAACGUUAAUUAUUCAUUUGUUACUUAGUUCUACUAAUUUCAUUGAGAGUUAACGAUGGCAAGGCCAGAGAAUUUACUUACCACUCACCCGCAACCAACAACAGCACAUCUAAGAAAAAACUGAGAGCCUGCUGCUCGAGUAUGUUCCAAAGACAAACUCAUGGACCUCUUGCAAAUAAGAUGUGACCCUACAUCCAAAUGUUUAUUUAACUCGCUAAUUCAGAUUGGAACAAAUAAGAUGUUCAAACCAGUUCAAAUGGAAGGUUUUAUUCUCUUGAAACAAAAUUUGUCUGAUUCUAUCAGGAAGCAUUUUUAUUACUGGGUUGGGCACACAGCUGUAGCAGCUGGCUAAGCCUUCAAGGAGAGAGUUCCAUGCUGAUGAGCCCUUAUACCCCCUGCAUCCCUGCUGCUGUGAUCUCUGUUCAGGGCUGUUGAGCAAGCGUUGCACCACUGAGUAGAGAGCCUGCCCGACACCCAUGCGGCACACAGUUCUGUCCACCGGACUGCUUCCUCUGCAGCAGAGAAUGCCCCCUUUGGUGGGAAUCCCAUGGGACAUGAAUAUCUUCACAGUUUAUGCCCAUGAGAGGGGCCCAGCCACAAACAAGAUUUCCUGGUCCCCAAGCUUUCAAACCUGUUCUGUUCAAGGCCCUGACCUUCCAAUAGCUGCCCAUGGAUCCAUGUAAAGCUGUACUCUCGCCCUCUCUCCAUGCACAGUGGACAAGCGAAAAUAUGGCUUGACUUUCUGCCCACAAGAAGGAGUGGUGGGCAUCUGUACGAUGCCCACAUCAUACAGACCCACUUGUAACGCAGGCUUGAGUUUUUCUGUCUCAGCCAAGUGUCAUAAGCAACAUCCUGAGACCAUAGGCAUGGGCACGGGAGGCAAAGCCACAGAAAUGGUGUGGAAGGAUCUGAGACUCCUGCUCGUAUGAUUCGCUUGCACUUCCCGGGCUUCCUGCGUUCCAGCUCUAAUACACCAUUCCCAUUCGAUGAAGGAUUGGUGCUGUGCACAUUCCAACUCUAUGGCAAGGUGGGUCAGACAGCCUCUAGUUCGUGGCAGACACUCAAGCUGUGUGGUCGCCUGAUAGCCCGUGGUCAGGCCAUCAGCUCCCACCAUGACCCAGGAGCAAGCCAGAGCCUGCCUCUCAGAGAACGGUUAUGUUCAGAGCAGGCUUUGACUAGCUUCAGAAUGCGACAUCAUUCUUCCUAUGAGUGCUUGCCAGCCUGCUUCCUGUAGCAGUACCUGACACUUCAUGUGCCAUUGGAGCCAUGGGAUCCUACGACCCAAGGGUAGAGCAGCUUUCGGCAUCAGCUGCUGCAGGCAGAGCAAACUGAGACACCUUCCAUGUGCUGAGCCUCUCUUCGUGUAGUUGCUCAGGCUAAGAGGGAUAUCUCAACGUACUCCAGGCCCCUGAACACCCGGCAAUGUCACAGUACCAAUUCUGUAUCAGUCUGGGUCCACGCACGAGAAAGAAGCCAUGGAGUCAUAUGAACAGAGGAAGUUUAACAUAAGAAGUGUUUACAGGGCUGGCACUGUGGUGUAGCAGGUAAAGACACCACCUGUGACACCGGCAUCCCAUAUAGGCGCCAGUUCAAGUCCUGGCUGCUCCACUUCCAAUCCAGCUCCCUGCUAAUAGCUUUGGGAAAGCGGUGGAAGAUGACCCAAGUCCUUGGGCCCCUGCACCCACGUGGGAGGCCCAGAUGAAGCUCCUGGCUUUGCCCUAGCCCAGCCCUGGCCAUUACAGCCAUCUGAGGGGAGAACCAGAUGAUGGAAGAUAUGUCUCUCUCUUUUUUAUUUAAAUAAAUAAAUCUUUUCUUUAAAGAAAGUGUUUACUAUAGCAGGGGAUUGUAAUGAGGGGCUGAACAGCAAAGUGUGAAGAGAACUCUAAGAUAUGCAGGAACGGUAGUAUAAGGAGGAGCCACUGCCCUAGAACUGGAUUGCCCUUCCUCUUCUAUUAUGGUGAGAAUGAAACUCUACUGUGAUGGCACAUCCCUUUGUCUCCACCCACCACUUGACUGUAAGGCCCUUGAGAACACAGCCUGUUCUCCCUUCUGUCUCCAGUGCUAACAAAGGAGGCCUAGCACCCCGAAGACUCCGACUAAAUGUGAGUGAAUGAAGGAACACAGCACCCGGAGAACUCCCCUGUCUGCUGCCGCUUGUACCACAUCCAGAUCAACGCAUCUCCAACACACCUGGAUGCUUCUGUUGGGACGUCAUCUAGAGAUGACGAAUAACUGUGGCCAGGGCCUCAAGGCAGGGCUGUGAGGAACCCUUGUCAACUUCGCCUUAAGAGGAGCGGUGGGGGGAGGGGAGGUAUUCGGUGCAGGGGUUAAGAUGCAGCUUGGGACACCCACACUGGUACUGGAGUGCCUGGGUUCCAGUUCCGGCUCCACUUCCGCUUCCAGCUUCCUGCUGAUUCAUGCCCUGAGAGGUAACAGGUGAUGGCUUAUGUGUUUUGCUCCCUGACACUCAUGUGGGAGACACGGAUUAAGUUCCUGGCUGCUGACUUCUGCCUGCAUUGUGGGCAACUGGGAAGUGAACCAGCAGGUGCAAGGUCUUUCUGCCUUUUAAGUAAACUUUUUAAAAAUUAUUUUACAAAAGCAGUCUAAAGCCGGGCUCAACUUGAUUGUCCCUUAGAGUCUAAGGCCCCAGGCCCAGAGCUGAAUAAUAAGCCCAAGUCUCACACUGCGCCUGAUUGCUACACGACACAGGUGAACACGCGAAAGGCUGGGCCUCGCCCUCCGGACUAUAACAGGUGCAGCUGGGAGUCCCAUCAAAGCCUCCUCUCCCGACCUUGAAAAACAAGGGCUGGGCGGGAAGUGGAGGCCCCAGCGGAGGCUGGCCAUGGCAGACGCUUUGGAGGAGCGCACUGCGCGCCUGCUCACCGACUACCUGGAGUGCUGCGCCCGCGAGCCCGGCACCCCUGAGCCGCAGCCGUCCACGCCCGAGGCGGCUGUGCUGCGCUGUGCGGCCACGCAGCUUCAGCGGGUCCACUGGCCCUUCUUCUCCGUCUACCGCGGCUACCCCGGCAACCGCAUCGAGCUGGCGGCGCGCGUGGCGGAGGCCGUGCUCUCCGACGGCCACGACCUCAGCUGGGGCCGCGUGGUGACGCUCGUGACCUUCGCCGGGACGCUUCUGGACAGAGGGCCGCCGGUGACCACCCAGCGGGUGAGGAGGAAUGAAAUCGCCCGGGACUGCCAGCGCUUGGUGGCCUUGCUGUGCGCUCGCCUCGCAGGGCAGCACCGCGCCUGGCUGCAGGCUCAAGGCGGCUGGGAUGGCUUUUGUGUCUUCUACCGGACUCCCUUACCGCUGACCUUCUGGAGAAGACUGCUGCUCCGCACUUUUCUGUCCUGCUUUGUAGCUACAGCCUUACUCUUCGCCUGGACGCGCGUGUAUCGUGAGUUGUAAACUUUUCUACUUGCCCAACUGUGGCCAACUGAGUGAUGGCUGAAGAUGUGAGAACGAGGCGAGCACCUUCCUGAGACAUGGUGGAUUCCACGAAUACAAGGAGCCCUGGGGCCACGGUGUAGUCUGUGGCUUAACCCAUGGCAAGAACUCGGAGGUCUUAGGACAAGGACACAAAUGGUUCUUAGAGUGAAGGAAAUGGGGAUUCCAGAGGCUCACUGCUCCAGAGAAUUUCAGAACAGACUGCAUUCCAUCCAGUAGAAGAGAGGGUGCUAUUGCUGUGUGUUGGAUAAGAGGGAGCUCAAGCCUGUGGCAUUUCUCUGUGAUUUUAUGUGCUGCUGCUGACUGACUUUGCAGGACCAUGGUUCAGGGUCAAGAUGAUCUCCCAAGGCAGUCUGGGUCCCAAUUAACAAGGACUAUAACGUAAAACCUUUUAUAAGGAAUUCUUUGAAAUCAAAUUCCUGGGACUUGAAAUAGGUUUUAUAUAAUUAAUAUAUUAACUUUUAUGACCCUAAUAAAUUUUUAAUAAAUUUAUAUCUUUUUUAAAAAUGG